ACAACAGUCACAAAGUUCCAGUGAGCUCGUUUUCAAAUAAGCGAUAGAAUUUCCUGUAGCGCUGCCAGUACCAUCGGUGUUCUAAGAGUUCUCAAAGUGUUGUUACGUUCCUAGCUUUUGCCUUAGAGGUUCUCAAGCUUUGGCUAAGCUAUUAUAUACUGUUUAUUCUUAUCAAUUUAAUUUUUUUUUAAAUUAACAAGAUGGCCAUGUGUUGUGCUGCUGCUGGUCUGCCGUCGACCUGUUCUUGUGGACGUAUUGUCAUCGACCCCGGGUAUGAGUAAGUAAAUAACAGUUAAAUAUCUUUUAAUUAUUAUUUUUAUUGUUUUACAUUAUUAAGGCUUGAAAAUACUUAUUUUAUCGAAAAAAUAAUUAAAAUAAUAUACAUACAUAUAUAUAUAUAUACAUAUAUAUACAUGUAUAUCAUUUUAAUUAUAUGUAUAUAUAUAAUACUUAAAUACCGUAAAAACCCUGAUACAGUGAGACUUGAACUUGCGGAAGACGAGGAAAAACCGUUUAUUUAAUGUAACAUUUCCUCGAGCUCAACUUCUUAACUUUCUGUUCAUUUGAUCGACAGAGAUGAAGCUGUAGCUAUUUUUAGCAAAUACCAGACCAGCUCGGCUAGACGCCUCAAGAAAACGGAAGCCCUGCAAAUGUUCAUGAAUGAGUUCGGUUUGAACGAAAUCGAGGCUCAGAUUUUCUUCCAAUGGUUCGACAAGGAUGAGAACGAAGUGAUGAGUCUGUGGGAGUUCCGUCAGUUCUACCAGACGAUUGGAAAUAAGUGAGUUUGAUAUCUUGGCUGGAGGAGAUCUUAGAGAUUUUCUGGGACUUUCCAAUGCCACCACCCGUGCAGUCUAUUGUUUUCAGUGUUUGUAAAUAUUAAGGGACAUGAAAACCAAAUACUUAACACAAUAAUAAAUAAUUAUUUUUUUCAAGAUUGAAAUUGGUAAAUUCUUUGUUUUUUAAUCAACAACAAACAAUUGAACAAGACACAAAUAUAUAAAUAAAAAAACACGUGAAAUACCGAUACAUUUAUAUAUAAAAUUAUAAGUUAAGGUAAAAUUCCACUUCUUUAAUUCAAAUAAAUCACAGAAAAGGCAGAAAAGAAAUUAAGUUUUAACAGGCUAAAUAAUUUGUUCAAUACGUCUUGAACAAAGGGACAUAAUCAAUAAAACAAUAUUUACAAGUGGGCUAUCGUUAUUGUCGUAAAUUGUUAAUUAAUUUUUAUUUUUUAAAAUUGUUUUAACUAGUUUGUGAUUAUGUUUGUAUCUCUAAAUAUUAUUUAUUUAUUAAUUCAAAUUAUAUGACCAUCUUCUGGGAUGAUUGUCUACCUUAUUUUCCAUGUGUUGCUGUGUUGCUCCGGGUUGAAAUGGCUAGAAAGACUUUGAUAUUGUAUGCUUGUAAUUAGUUUUUGUAGUGUUGUGUUUGUUUUAAAUGUGGUGAAUUAUAGAUAUGUUUUUUGUUGACUUUGUACCGCGCUUCGAGCCUUUGGGGAUGAAGCGUGUUUUUUAAAAUUUAAUAUAUUCAGGUGUAAGAAACAGAUUUAACGUGUUCAUUUAAUGAACUUUAUUACUAUUAUUAUUAUGUAGUAGAUUGUAAUAUUUUAAAUGAUUCAUUUAUUUAACUUAAACUAAUUUUUUCCCCCAGGGCUCAUGAUAUGCUUGCAUUGUUUUACCAGCUGGAGGAGCCCGGUACCGGCCACGUUGACAUUGAGAGAACCUUCGACGCGCUGAAACACGUCGACAGCGGCAAGGGCAAGCUGACCGAGGACGAGAUCGUCAUGUUUCUCACCACCACCGCGGGCUACGACAAGACGAUCGACCUCCACAAGUUUCUCAACAUGAUGAGCAGAAUCAACAUCUACACAGGGACCGUGUAAACAAGACCAUGUUGAUACGUUGCUCCGUUGAUUGCAACUUGACGUCCAUGAUGAGACCAUCUCCUGUCUGUUAAGAGAAGUUUCUGUCUGUGAUAAGACAGGUCUGCAUAUGCUUCAAAGACAAUGAGUUACUAUUUUUUGUGAUUGUAAAAUGUAUCAUAGCAUCUUAAUUUAUGAAAUAUUUGUCAUAGCAUCUCAAUUUCUGAAAUAUUUCUCAAAGCAUCUCAAAGUCUGAAAUAUAUGUCUUCUCCCAAAAUAUUUCUACCUCAAAACAUAAACUUUUCAGGUAUAAAACACAUGGUAUUGUAAUGGCAAUCUGAUAUAUUUUUUAAAUAGUUAUUGAUUUAGUCAAUGUGUACAAAUUAAGGUAACACACGUGUACAAAUUCAGGUGCAAGAAACAGAUUUAACGUGUUCAACCUGGUUUAACAUUUAAAUCUUAGAUAAUCAUUUAACAAAUUUAAUUUAUUUUCCUCCAAAAUUAAGACAAAAACUUUUGUUUUCAAAUCAUCCAACUCAAAUUAUUUUAAACUCAUUAUUUUCUGCCAUUUAACGCAAGAUGCGAUGAUAAAUAAUGUUCAGUGCUUUGUUGUUGUAUUCAGAUGUAACAUUUGAAUAUUCCAGUUUAUUUUAUUAUGUAUUUAUGACCCCUCAAAAAAAACAACAACACAACUUCUUAUGGUUUGUUCCAUAGACUUGUAUUUCCACUUUACAUGUGCUCAACAUUCCAUUUUCAUGAAUUCCCCAUGCUUUUAACAUUUUUUUGAAAAAAAAUGAUGCCAGUACAAAUAGUGAUGACAUUCAUGAAUAUCUAAUGGUAAUGACACUCAUUAUUAACUAAUAGUGAUGAAAUUGAUGAUUCACCGACUCAGUGUUUCACAGAUUAAAUUAAAACGAAUCUCAAUUGAAAUCGUACAACUGAAAAAGGACAUGAAUAAAUUUUUAAAUUUUUUACUACAGUAUUUGUGUUCUCUGUCUUUAAAAACGAAUGCAUUUAUCGUUUGAAAUGAUGAUCUCCAUACAUUGUAAUUAUUUUAGUUUUGAAAGGAAUUAAGAUCUUAAUAAAUAGAUUAACAACAUUGUAUAAUAAUUUUCUUUUAAAAUUUUACAAACGUUUUGUUGAACUUAGAUCGAUAUUUGAUCUUUAAUUGUAAAUCAUGCUUUUUUACGAUUUCUACAAAUAAUAAAACAAAAUAAUUU